CAUAAGCUUGCCUUUUCCUUCGAUGACUACACCCCGAUAGGAGGAGCGUGAAGAACGUAGUAGGCGUCAGAAUCCUCAAUUUCCAACUUAGCAUCUUGGCAGGACAUUUUCCCAAGCAAAGACCCCAAUCGGAAGGCAAAAAACUUCUUCUGCACUACAUGAGACAAAGUGAGCAAGUGAGAGAGAGAUAGGAAAAAUAGAGCGUAGCAAGCAAACACAACGGUCAGUUGUAGCUGACUAUCAGCGACUAAAAAUCUAUUUCUAAGUCUAUGUAUUUGUUUAUAUUUUUACUUUUUACUGCAAUCAUUUAGGGGGGAACAGACAGCGGUCUGUUGAUACGAGACUCAUAUGACUGAAAUCGGACAGUGCAUGAGAAAAUAAAGAGGAAAAGUGCGCAAGUAAGUGGCUUACUUUCGGGGCUUUCACCAUGGCUUAUCCUCAGGGCUACUUGUACCAGCCAUCCCCUUCUUUGGCGCUGUAUUCAUGCCCGGCGUACAGCACCAGCGUUAUAUCGGGACCCAGGACCGAAGAACUUGGUAGAUCCUCAUCUGGCUCUGCUUUUGCUCCCUAUGCCGGAUCUACCGCGUUCACCAGCGCUUCGCCCGGGUACAACUCCCAUCUCCCGUACAGUGCGGAGGCGGGAGCGGCCGCCACAUUCGCUUCAUACGUGAGUUCUCCCUAUGACCACACGACGGGCAUGGCUGGGUCUAUAGGAUAUCACCCCUACGCUGCUCCCCUGGGUUCAUACCCCUACGGUGACCCGGCAUACCGAAAAAACGCGACCCGGGAUGCCACCGCCACUCUCAAAGCCUGGUUGAACGAGCACCGUAAGAACCCCUACCCCACCAAGGGGGAGAAGAUCAUGCUGGCCAUCAUCACCAAAAUGACCCUCACCCAAGUUUCCACCUGGUUCGCCAACGCCAGGAGGAGGCUAAAGAAGGAGAACAAGAUGACCUGGACUCCCCGAAACCGGAGCGAGGACGAGGAGGAAGACGAGAACAUCGAUCUGGAAAAGAAUGACGACGACGAGCCUAGCAAGUCGAAAGACAAGGGAGACUCGACAGACACAGAGUUAGAUCAUAAAUUGCUGAACCCGGGGGACAUAGUGUGCGACAGAUUUAAAGAGGAGAAUCAUGGCAAAGAAACGGAUCCCCUUCUGAGCGACUCGGAAUUAAAAGACCAGGGGGAUCGGACAGAGUUACUGCCCGAGUCUGCUAAACCCACCACCUCGUCUCCAUCCGCCGUGCCUCGGGGAGGAACCGAGCUCGUUGCGCAAGACAAGCCGUCAGAAAUGGGCCAUGCGCCGGGCACCGUAAACAGCAACGUGACGUCUGUCAUUCACUCCUCCCCAUCGGCCCCUAAACCCAAACUCUGGUCCCUGGCUGAGAUCGCAACGUCCUCGGACAGGUGUAAGAGCAGCAGCGACGGGCCGCAGGGCCAUGGGAUGGGUCACAGCACAGUGAUCACCACCAAUGCAGCGUCACCAUCACGGUCCUCCCCACAGUGCCCUCUCCCAAACAGCACAGUCCUAUCCAGGCCUAUCUACUACACGUCCCCUUUUUACCCGGGCUACACGAACUAUGGCAGCUUUGGACAUCUUCACAGUCACAGCAAUCACGGCUCGGGCACGGGCUCCACCGCACAUUUCAAUGGAUUAAACCAGACUGUGUUAAAUAGAGCAGAAGCUUUGGUAAGAGAAAGCCAGAAAGGCAGAGGCCAAACGCAGGUAGAUCUUUGUAAAGACUCCCCUUAUGAACUAAAGAAAGGUAUGUCAAACAUUUAAUAACUUGAUCCCUUUCAAAAAUCCAUCGGACUUUUAUUUAUUAUUUGUGGUUGCA